GGGUUGCUGACCCUGAGCAAAACCUCCUGGACUCGGAAGACCAGCGGUUUUCUCUCAGGGUUUUCCUUCCCUUAGGUCACAAGUUCCAAUUAUUUAAAGGCGCCAGAGACUCGCCUUUCGCCACUGUCACUCAGCUGUCUAAGCAUUUCCAGGGCCAACAAAACGGGGAUGUGUGACGUGAUUUGCUGGCAGAACCUGUUUGAGACGGUGAGCAUUAACUCGUUUUAUUGGUGAAUCUCCGUGACUAAAAAAACACCCCUCACCAGCAUUUGACCCCAACUGUAAUCCAUAUCUGGACCAAACUUGCAUGGAUGAUGCAUCUAGGGAUGGACACUACCAUACUUGCUUCGGAUGCUGGAUCUGACCUACAUUUUCCAGAUGAGUGACCAGGUUAAAGUUUUUGGAGCAGGUCUAUUCUUAAGUAACUAUAAGCCCUACUAGCUCCAAACGUGCAUGGAUGAUGCAUCUAGGGAUGGACACUACCAAUCUUGUUAUGGAUGCUGGAUCUGACCUGCAUUUUCCAGAUGAGUGACCAGCUGGCUCAUGUUUUUGGAGUAUCUCGGUAAUUUUAUGGCAUGUUAGGAUUUAACUUGCAUGGAUGAUGCAUCUACAGACUUGCUUUGGAUGCAAGGGAAAAAAAGACAUUUUCUCGAUUAGUGAUUUUGGAACAGGUCAACAGUGAAUUAUAAGACCUACUUUAACAGAACUUGCAUGAAUAUUGUUAUCAGGAUACAUACUGACUAUAAAGAAAAUAUAAUGUGAAUUUUGCAUUAUUUAAACUGAUAACGUUCGUCGAGAUGAGCUUCAUAAUCUUUGAUUACCUAUGUUGGUUUUUUUUUCCAGCCAAUGCUCAGGUAAAGUAUGUGGUCCCUGAACUUUUUUUCCAUUUGGCACGUUAGACUUUUCAGUAAAGAAGAAAUUAAAUAAUUUGUCUUUGAUCUUAUUUGAAAUAAAUAAUCUGUCCUUCACCGACAUGAAAAUAAAAAUCUGACUCGCAAGAAAUUGCCAGCACCCUUCUCUCCCCAUUGCGACCCCCUCAAAAUCAAAUCUAACGCACUUUGAAAAGAAAUUUUAAUUUUUCAAAGUUCGUUAACUUGGUAACAAAUUUGGCGCUCUUUGAGAAAAAGAAAUACGCAAUAUUUUUAAGUACGAUGUAACAAAGCUUAUUCUUUUUGGCAUCUAGUUAAAUGACAGGAGGCAAAUGAUUUUCUCUUUUGGGUUUCAGAUUUCCAUUUUAUAUACUAUUGCAUUAACUGUAAGCGUUGCUGUAGAGAGUUUCUCGGAUUUCAGUAAUGUUCCUCUUUAUCCAACUGCUUGGGACAUUGAUGAAGCUGAAGAACUAACCUUAUGGAUCGACGAUAAUAAUACACGGACCAUGCUUUCGUUUUACCUUUUACUAUGUCCGGAACAAGAUAUGUGUCUUGGCAAAAACUUCAAACGAAAUUUUACUUUCACAGGACAACCCUCGUGUGUUCCUUGUGAAUGUGACGAUGACUGCGUGAGGAGAGCUACUUGCUGUCCCUCUAAAUUUUACAGACAGGAUAUCACUCCAGAUUUCAUUGAAUACAUGCCAGUUGUAGAGGAAGUACAGAGAGGACCCCCGAUGUCUUGUAUUGAACCAUUAUGGAAUAUAGAAUCAAAAAUCGCAUCCGGUACCGCAUAUUGGAUUAUUCAAACUUGUCAAAGUGGCGCUAAUUGCUUGUCUUCUCAGUCUAGUAAUAUUUCGUAUGCUACGCCAGUGACGUCAUUGUUAACCAAUGAAACUUAUCUAAAUUUUCAAUGCGCGUUAUGUAAUUAUGAAGUUAUUCCGGAUCUCGUUCUUUGGGAGAGCGUCAAGAUUUGCGAGAAUCGUUCCGCGCUUUUUUCAAAACACACACUUGAAACCCUUUACCUAUCUGUAUUUUUGAUGAGCAAUCCUGUUUGCAACAUAGGUUUCCGUCCACCAAAAUCCAUUCAAAAGAAAGUUCUUCCCUGUCUAAAGUAUACAGUUAGAGUUGAUCCUAUUUGCAAAUUUUUACCGGAAGAAUUUCAGAGACACAUUAAAGCUGCUUGUCAGGACUACUACCUACCUUACACCUCCAUUGAUAAAACUUAUAAAAACAUAUAUUGUGCCCUUUGUGAAGAAGCAUUCUUUGGGCUAACAAUUCAAAAUAUCGGAGAUGGAUCAAUUUUCGUCAUUGAUUCCAUGUUACCGACUUUUACGGCCCUGAUAGAUUUCAACAGAGAGGAAAGCAUGGAGCCCAAAAAAGAUUCUAAUUGCGCAACAAAUCAAAUAUAUGACAGCAAGAUGUCCAAGUGCCUAGAUAUUAAAUGUGAAGCAGAUUACCUGUACAGAAACUCAACCUGUCUACCUCGUUAUCCAAUGAUUGGGGAAAACAAUUACGAACUGAAUCUGAUGGUCACCCGACAAGAAGACUUCAAGAUCAUGAACGGCUUUUUAAAUGAGGUCCAUUUAGCUAUAUUUGAUGUUUUAUUCAAUAAUAAUUUAUUACAAUAUCUCUGUAAGGUUUCAAUAUUAGCUUCGGAUAAAACAGAUUUAAUAGCUGUUGUCCUAGAACUAUCGGUAGGUCAUUUUCACGAUGUAGACUUAAUGAUAAAGAGAUUGAUCAAUGUGUUUUCGAUACAGGAAAUGGCGAUAUAUUCAGAAUUGCUGAUGCGCCAAGUGCAUGUCAAUAUUUCUGUUGUUGGACAAAGAUUUCAUGUCCAUAGUAAUUCUUUAUUUGGGAUAGCUAUUAUCAACCGUCUCUAUGUUAACCCAAUGGAUGGAGAACAAAUGUACUUACUUACGGAUACAGCAGUUUCAGAUGGUUAUGAUUAUGACCCCAAUCGGCCUCUAUGUUUCGAAAAAGACAUGGCAGUAGUCGUAACUGAUUGGUAUCGCUGUCCAAAAGUAAAGGUGAGAACAAGAGACGCCAAAAUAGAUGUGUCAAACUUCUCUGUAUGUCUUGUAGACUACCAAGCCUGCUUCUCUUCGAAUCAAUUUAAAGAACCCAAAGGUAAACGCAGCGUAGAGAUAUGUGUCGACCAGUAUCUUAAAACUAUGAGCCAAACAAGCAGUCGAUGGGAUUUUUCAGAAGACCGCGUAAUGAAGUAUUUUUCAAUUUUCUGUCUCUCUCUGUCCUCCAUAGCUUCCUUGGUAACUAUAUUUAGUUUUCUUCUCAACAAAUCCCACAGAUCAAUCGCAGAUAUCAACAUCAUUACUUUAGCUGUUUUGUCAGUUUUAGCAAAUACAGUCUACACUUUCUCUAAGUUUUUUCUUUGGAAUGAGUCCUUGUGUGUCGGGAUCGGCAUGUUGGUUCAUUUCCUUUGGCUCUCUGUCGUAUGCUGGAUGAGUUUAUCUACGUUCCAAAUCUUCCAAUCAUUUACAACAUUCUCAUACAUACAUAAGAAAGACAGAAAAACAGUACUGCUUUUCUUGCUAUUAGAUGCAGUUCUAUGUCUGGCAAUUAUCGCUGUCAACGUCAUUGUAACCUUUAUGCGGAGUGAUGGGGAAAGCCUGGGUUACUCUCCUCGCACUUGCUACAUCGCUGACCCAAACAUGACGCUCUUUACUUUUGCACUCCCUGUUGGUUUGCUCGUCUGUAUAAAUUGUUUUAUGUUUCUGGUGACGUUAUCUAGGAUCUGCGGCAAGGCAGACAUCCGGAAGUCGAAGGAUAAGAGUAAAUUGAGUGCAUACUUCCGGCUUUCUACAAUCGUUGGUGUGGCUUGGGUGUUUGGGUUUCUGGCUCAGUUCACCGAAUUUCAGCUAUUUUCAAUCUUGCAUACCCUUUUCAAUGGUGGUCAUGGCAUAUUCUUAUACUUAGCGUUUGGAUUACCACUAAAUCUCAAAUCUUUAUCCUGCAAACAUGCAAAGGGAGAGAAGGAGACGGAAAUGUCUAAAAAUAAGUCUUUGUAA